UUUUGUUUCUGUUGGUAGUUUUCUUCGCUUCGAUAUUCUCAGGUGUAAAAGUAAAAAUAAAAAAACAUUAAUUAUAAUUAAUUAAACGACUCACAAAUCUUUUCAAUUGCAUUUCUAAACUCUUCAAACGAGAUACAAACGAGAAAUGGUAAUUUCUUCAUUCGGAACUUUGCUCCGGUCAACCUCAUCGGAAUCACAAAUAGCCGCUGAGUGUGAACGAAUGCACCCAAUGCGUUUCAAAAGUCUCGUCGAAACUGUGAAUGUGUACGGAAGCGUUUUGUUUGGGAAAUCUUUGAGGUUUGCUGACGCAAUUGACUAACGUUUCGAGUUGCCACUACAGUCUACAGUCUUUAUGUACCCAUAUAUGUAUACCUCACAAAAACAGAAUAAUAAAUAAUAAUACGAAUAAUCUGUUUUGGAACUCGUGGAAAACUCAAGGCCAUGUAAUCAAGAAGAAAGCAAACGAGCAAAUGUGUGUCAAGUCGCUGUUUCGUAGAAAAUGGAAAGAUUACGUUCCUUGAAGAGGUUAGUUGAUAUUUCAGAGCCAAUUUUGGCGGAGGACAGUACAUUUUUCACGAUAGCAUUAUCGUUGAACGCGGUGCUGGAACAAUUGGAGGAGGGUGCCAUACACCACGAUUUUCUUGUUGCCUUGCUGCUCGUUCUGUUAGCAGAAUCCGGAUUUCGUAUUUCGUCUACUUCUGACACACUCAAAUGGGAACGAAAUACAAGAUUAGUUAAUAUACCUACAAAUUGGAAGCACCAAGAAACCGGUGUGUACGAGAUAUAUUUCACAAUGUGUAACACAGAUAAUACUAAAUUAAAAUUAGUUGGGAUACCUUAUGGUGAUAAACUGGUACUUAAUGCAGUGUCAAAUGUAGGAGAAAAAAAUGUUUGUAGUAUGGUUAUACAGACAUUAAAAUAUGUGGAUCCAUACACGAAUAAUUUGUGUUUUCGAUAUAUGAAUCUUAAAGAGAUAUCGCAUAGGUUUAAGGAUGAAAUUGUCAUGCCUUUGCGCACGGAAAUAUUAUUAUUAUUAAAUUUAAUGGGUCCUACUUUGGAAAGCUUGCCGAUAGAGUUACGUAUGAAAAUUGCAAGUAUGCUGUCUGUGCGGGAACUUGGACGUUUAUCAAUAUGUUCUAAGAAACUUUAUGAGUCUUGUUCAAAUCAAUUGCUCAGAGAAAAGAUCAAUUGUUCAAAGAAAAGAUCAGAGAAUAGAAAAAUUCGUCUAUCACAUUAUUUCAAGAAUUAUUAAAUGAAGAUCCAUCGCGUGUUGUACAAAUAUACUUUAUUUGGUAGAAAAGGUACGAUUGGGAACGGCUGUUGUGCUAGAGCCGAGCGUCGUCUCGUAUCGGACUCGUCUGUGCACGGUUAGUCCCAUCUCGCUAUGACGAUUCGCGAGAAGAGGGAGAAACAAAAGAUGCAUUUUGAUAGUAAGAUUUUGUUAUUAAUUGACAUUUUUUCUUUCAUCGAACUUGGAUUUUUUUUUUAUUCUAUUAGAUAACUAAACCCAUAGUUUUUCUAAAAAUUAGUAAUUUGCUAUAUUGAAUAACAAGACUCAGAAAGGAUUCCUCAAGUGAUUUUUUGACAAAAAUUUUUUUGUAAAUUCAAGUUUUUAUUAAAUAAACAAGUAUUUCAA